AUGAGCAGGUCGCAUGAGGCGACGAUCCCCCCUGCUCGUGGAUUCAGCAGCAGCAGCGGCGGCGGCCUGAAAACAUCCACCCCCGCAUCCCUGGAACUGCUCUACGCGGCUGCUGCGGCUUCUGAUCCGUUCGAAGGUAUCGCCAGUGCCAUGUCGUUUACGAAACACCUGCUCAUGCACAACUGCGACGUAUGGACGCCGGACUGGUAUAAUCCAACGCAAGAUCCGCAGCUUGGGACGACUAUCAUGGCUGUGGAGUACGACGGCGGGGUGGUGCUGGCCGCUGACUCUCGAACCUCCACCGGUACCUACGUAGCGAACCGUGUCUCCGAUAAAAUCACUGCCGUUGCACCGCCGUACAUCUACUGUGCUCGUUCAGGCUCUGCAGCUGAUACGCAGAUGCUCGCGGACACGGUGCGGCGGUACGUCACCGCGCUCGCCUUGGAGACGCAGCGCCCGGCCACCGUACGAACGGCAGCAGCACUCUUCCGUGAACUGAUCUACCAGAAUAAGAGCCGUUUAACUGCUGGUGUGAUUUGCGCUGGCUGGGACCCCCUCAACGGUGGACAGGUAUACUCGAUCACGCUGGGGGGAACGCUGGUCCGCCAGCCGUUCUCAAUCGGGGGUAGCGGGAGCACCUACAUCUACGGAUACUGCGAUGCGUCCUAUCGUAAAGGGAUGAAUCGGGAGGCAUGCAUUGCAUUCUGCCAGCAGGCAGCAUCGCUUGCCAUGGCAAGAGAUGGCAGCUCUGGUGGCGUCCUACGAAUGGUAUGCAUUGAGGAGAGCGGUGCGCAGCGUCUCUUGUUUACGGAGGAUCAGCUUCCGCGCGGUUGGCAGGGGUAA